AUCAAUAAAAUGACACCGUUUGCUCAAAUCAAAUAUACAUCCUACCCCAUAUUUCUAGUUCCCACUACCCGCAACUCACUCAAAUUUCCCGUUUUACGUUAACGCAGGAGACGUGGUGAAGGCGUGAACCAAAAGCUAGAAAACGAUCUGAAAGUUACCAGAGAGACGAGAUAAUCUUACCUAAAAAGAAAAGGCCAGAAAGAGAAAGGAAAUGGCAACGAGAGAUAUGGAGAUGGAGGGAGAUAGAGAACUGCUUAUACCAGUCGCAGAAAUUCCUGAAAACGCAAAGUCCAAAACGUCGUCGCCUUCGUCUCCCGUUGCCGGCGCCCCUCCCCACCGUCUUUCUGGUGUCGAGGCAUUAUCCAAAGUAAUACGCAGCUGGGCUUCAAAAAAGUUUAUGACAGGAUGUGUCAUUCUUCUUCCAAUAGCCGUCACAUUCUACGUCACUUGGGGUUUUGUUCAUUUUGUGGAUGGUUUCUUCUCUCCAGUCUAUAAUCAUCUUGGGAUCAAUAUUUUUGGUCUUGGGUUUGCCACGUCCAUAACUUUUAUAUUCCUAGUUGGUAUUUUCAUGUCAUCAUGGUUGGGAGCUUCUGUUCUUACCAUUGGAGAAUGGUUUAUCAAGAAAAUGCCGCUUGUAAGCUACAUAUAUUCUGCCUCAAAGCAAAUUAGUGCGGCAAUAUCUCCAGAUCAGACCACUCACGCCUUCAAGGAAGUGGCUAUCAUAAGGCACCCUCGUGUUGGAGAAUAUGCUUUUGGAUUUAUAACCUCCUCAGUGAUUCUUCAGAGGAGCAUGGGUGAAGAAGAACUCUGUUGUGUCUACGUGCCCACCAAUCACCUAUACGUUGGAGAUAUAUUUCUCCUAAAUACGAAUGAUAUUAUGAGACCAAAUUUGUCUGUUCGAGAAGGAAUUGAAAUCAUAAUCUCUGGUGGUAUGUCUGUACCUCAAAUAAUGACCACACUGGACGCACAAGCCAUUCCUGCAACAAGACUUUCCAAAUUUCCCUCAUCAGAAGUAUAGUCAUGAACUAGUCACCUUCAUGUGUUUUAUGAGAAAUAACUUACGACCAUCAUGUCGUUUUGCUCAGUGGAGCACCAAUUAAGCUGAGUUUUCACAAGAAACUUUUGGAGGAUUGAAAACUGCCAGGCUAUUAUCACUCAUCACCAGCAAUUAAGAGAUUGAAUAUAGGUGUGAAACUAUAAAAUUGAGAACAUCUAGAGAGACUUGUAGAUAUGGAAAACAAUAGAUUGUGCGUCAAGUUCUUAUGUUAGCUGCUGCUUCUUUAUCAUUUUCGUAUUUGAUUGUGAAAUGUGAAUAUAUCAUUAUGCUUUCCCAUGUAUUGAAGAACAAUUAUAUUUUGAAGCUUGAAUAAUGGUUAUCAAAUGUAAUGAAUUCAUAAAA